CAUCCAGAAACAUGGCGACCGGAUUUUUACGAAUCCUUUUUCUGGUGCAUAUAUUAUCACUCAUAAGUGUUUCAGUGCAUUCUUUCAGACCAGGAUCGAGGUCAAAAACUCUAAAUUUUCCUCACCAAGAAAUCAAUGAUGGAAUAAAAAGGAUAAGGCGGAGUGUCCCCUCUGAAAAUGCAGCGUCUUCUUCGCGGUCGCGGACGGCGAGACAAGCGGAGAGCUCAGCCGACGAGUCCUCGGGACAUGGUAUUCAAGUCACGAAGUUUGACCUGAAUGACCCUCACCCAGAGCUUAUAGUUCAUUGGGCGGGUAAAGGCAGUGAUGUCAUACUGUGUCUCACCCGUGACAUCACGCAAUCCAGCCAUUCAGCAAGCUACGUUUAUAUCUCAGAAGACUAUGGGGCAACUUUCACGAACAAGUCCAGUACAAUGUGCAACACUUCGCCCAAUCAAGACCAGUCUACGAUCGAUUUAUACAGUAGUAAGGUGAUGAAAGGAGGGUAA